AUUUACAAGUUGUUAAAUGUAUCGCUGAGCUGUUACAGCCUAUCUCCGUUGUAAGCGAUAUCGGCAUGCAGUGUUCCACGUUCUCAAACCCUCUAUGAUACUGCACGAUGCUAUUUCAUAGCAACUAUGUUAGACACAAGCUUGCGAGCAUGCCUGAGGGGUUGGCGGAGGCCGUUGUCGCUGACCUUCGCCGACCUGCACAAGAUUCAAGGCCACACAGGCUCACAGCCCGAGAAUGUAAGGUUCUGACUGAGAACUCGAAUUGUAUCAGCUCAAAGCGUCUACAGCAGUGUUUUGCUGUCGCGGUCAACAACCAUGCGUUUGCCCUGCCUGCGCUUUCGCACGGGGUCCUAAUAGUUUGCAAUCGCUUAUGCAUGCAAAUAUCUGCAUGCAAUUCCCGGCUGCCUUAUCCUCAUGUCAACCUUCGUCUGCGCGCUCGGCAUCGGUGCAUGUGCUGCUGGCAAUGGCGCUUUUGCGUUUUGGUGGUGAUAUGUGCGCAAACAUGGAGGCGCAUGUGUGGGGCCGAAGGAGCGCGACGGGGUAGCCAAAGGGACCCAGGAGCAAGCAAAAAGGCCCCACUUCCAACACCAGCCGCACCUGCAUCCCCAACAACCCCAGCAACCCCAACAACCCCAACAACCCCAGCAGCCCAUCUAAGGCACUUCUUGCAGGGCCUGCACCUGCUGAACAGCCAGGUUGAUGGCAUCAACAACACCAGCAGCAACACCAGCAGCCCCAGCAGCAACACCAGCAGCAGUGCGGGGACCCGGCCGUGCAGCGCAUUCUGUCGGACGUGCGCGAAUCGCGGCAGCGCUGGGGGGACGAGGACGAUGUGUGGCAGGCCAUGCAGGCGCGCCGCCGCCAGCACCAGCACCACGUGAUGAUGAUGCAGCAGCGGCAGCACCCCCAGCACCCACAGCACGCCCAGCACCCACAGCACCCUGGGCCGCAGCAGGCGGGGCCGGGGCUGGGACCGGGGCUGGCUCCGCAGCAGCAGGCGGGCGAGAUGGGGCCGCCUCGGCACCAGCACCAGCAGCACCAGCACCCGCAGCGGCAUUCGUUGCCGUCGCCCUUCGACCUGCCUUGGCCCGGGGGCGAUGACGUUGACCAGCAGCAGAUGCAGAUGCAGCCCCAGAUCGGUCCUGUUCCGGGCAUGGCACUGCUCCCGCCGUACGCCCAGGACGCCUUCGACAAACACCAGCAGCAGCAGCAGCAGCAGCAGCAGCAGCUGUCGUUUGAGCGCCGCCGAGCCACUAAAUUCUCGGGGGCGCCAAUGCCGGCGCAGGGUAUGCCGCCCAUGCAGCAUACGCAUCGGUCGCAGUCGCAGCCGCCGGCACCUGCUGCACCCCGUACCGCGCAGCAGGGUCCGGCUUCUUCGGGCCUGCAAGUCAGCAGCGGCAGUGAGUUGUUCGUGCCCGGCACUUAUGGUGGCUUGGAGGAGGGCACUCACUUCGGCGCGGCGCGGCUACCGCGGCCCGACUCAACUGGCGAGCUGGGUAGCCCAGCAGGCGAUAUGCCCACGCCCAUGCCGCCGCCACCCGUCACCGGUGCUGCGCCUUCUACUGCUACUGCCACUGCUACUGCCACCACUGGCGCGGGUCCCGCUGGCACCGACGACGGCUAUGGCGCUGACACGCCGGGGCCCAUGAGCUUUGGCGGCGGGUACGGUCCCAGUGACAGUACCGGAGCCGGCGGCAGCGGCUUUGAGGAGUGGGGCUCGUCAGGCGGCGGCAUGCCGCCUCCGCAGCAGCAGCAGCACCGCCACCAGCCGCAGCAGCAGCAGCAGCAGCAGGGAUACGACGUGCCGCCGCGGCCGCCCAGCCCGCAGCGGGGCCAGCAGCGCGGCGUGGCAGCAGCGGCGGGCGGAAUGUCCACACCGCAGGAGCCUGCGCGUCAGCAGCAGGAGCCUGCGCGGCAUCAGGAGCCUGCACGGCCCGUGCACGCGCAGCAGCAGGAGCAGCAGCAUGAGGACUAGCAGCAGGGCUUUUUGGAGCCUCACCAGGGCGGCGGCGACGGCCUGUGGUGAGAGCGGCAUGUGCGAAGGAAAUCAUGGCAGGACACCGGGCAUGCCGGGCCAGUGUCACACUGCAACAGAGUUGACCGGAUGGGCGAGAUGGGUUUGCACGUGCGCGCGCGCGGAAGUAAAGCUUAAUGGGGAAGUGCUGAUAGCAGCUGCUGCAAAACAAAAGCACUUGCAAUAUUUCUUCUUUUGACCGCAAUGUGGUCUCGAGUCCGCCUCUAUGACUUGAUAAUUGGAACAUGCCUUCUUAUCAAGCCAUGCCUACUUGCCCUGUACCUAUUAUAAAGUAGUAGCAACACAUGAGCUCUCAAGAUAGAUGAUUCGAGCCGCAGCUAGCCUGGGGUGGCAGGCUCGGGCGGGGGUUGCAUCCACGCACGGUUUAACUCCGCUGUGCCUUGGCUCUCUGAUGUACAAUGCGUUGCAGUUGUGGAACGGGGCUAUGCAUGCAUGUAAUCAGGAGGGCUGGCCGUUUGCAAGGGUGCCUUACGAUGGCGUUGUGGCAUCCAUGCAUGAAGAGGAUUGGAACGACGUCGUGCACAGCACUAUCGGGCAGUGAAGUGUUUCAUUCACUGUGGAGUAGUGCUUACUGAAUAGUGUGGAUCUGCGUGGCUGUCGCCACAUGUGGCACGAUGCAGAAUUGGGUGAUGGCGGGGAUGGCCAAGCGGCCAUGUCUUGCUGCGGUUGUCCCCUGCGAGAUUAUUGUUGGCAAGUGCAACGCCGGCCCGGCUCAAGGGGCAAUAAAUGGGCCAUGCCAUAACACGUGUUGACGUUUAGGCUGCUCGGAACAACCUUGGGAAUAAUAACAACGUCGUGACUCGAAGCUGGGACAGGCUAGCCAACAUGCGCCACGCAGGAGAAGGCGCGAGUUGCAACACUAGAGCGGUUUUACGUACGCGAGUCACGCGCGGCAACCUGCCCUUCACCCGCGCCGUCGUGGUGUAGGAUGCGGGCAGCCAUGCCCAGCCGUGCAGCAUGGCCACGAACACUAAUUUCUUUCUUGCUAGCUAGGUGCCAUGCUUGAGAUUUGCAGUGUCUUGCAUAAGAGUCACUACCCAUCAAGCAGUAGGUACGCCCAUAGAUAGCAUCACCCCGGCGGACGCAGGACAGGCGCGCACGUGAAUGUUUGCCUCCAAACGCCGCGGGGAUGCAUGCACACAAUGUCCCGUACGUGCCGAUACCGUACGCCACGGCGGCUGUGGGGUGUACCGUAAUAGCAGGGAGGGCAACAUGAAGGGUAACACCUCAGCAACCCCAGCAAGGCUGGCCUGGUCGAGCGGCGCGGAGGGGUGAAGGAUACCCGGCACGCGUGGAACGCGCAAUGUAUCUAUAGUGAUAGAAGGCGUAGUGAUGGGAGGAAAUAAGGAGCACUCGGGGCCGCGAUGGCGGGUUGGAUGCGCCACGGGCCCCGGCCCAGCGAAAGGGAGCGAACGCUGGGCGGAGCCGGUGGGGUCGGGCUCACUGCGUGACACAGCGUCCGAUGCCUGGUGCAGGGCACGAAGGCAUGCUUAUGCGUCAUGCGGUAUUGUUAUUGGCUGGGCAAUAGCAUGCUGGCCGAACUGCACAAAACUCCACAUCGCUCACUGAGGGCGAAAUAUCCGGAAAAACAAAUUCGGCACUUGGGCCUAGCGCACACAUCGAAUGCAUAUAGGUUGGCUUGGGGUGCGUCAGCCAAACUACAAGGGUGAUGCCGCGUGAUAGUAUGAUGUGCGUGCGGACCUCAAGACGUACAGGGUGACGCAUGAUCACGUAAGCCCGCUCCGUUGUCAACACGAAGCAAUAGCGAGGCGCAGGCUUGCCGUGCACGGUACACUCAAGGCGUAUUGCGACAGGGCACGCAGCAGGGCACGCAACAAGUCGAAGCGUCCAUAACGACAGGGCAGGCAGCAUAAUUGCAUGCGGCACACGGGCCAUAUCGCAAGACACAUGAUGCGAGGCGCAAAGCCUGUUGCUGGCGGCACACACGCCGUAUCCGAACGUGGCGCUCAGACCACACAUUGUCCACAACGCAAAGGCAUGUACAACGAAGGCACGGCACGCGGGCCCUGCGGCCUGGAUAGGCAGACAGGGGAAGUACCGCGCCAAAAGUCCUGAGGGUCUUGGGGAGGUGGGGGUGGCACGAUGGAAGAUGUGGAAAGGUAUUGCACAAAGCUGUGAACUGUAAAGCGACGGGUAGACACGAAGGCACGGCAAGCAGGACCCGCAUGGCAAGCAAGUAGCCCGCCCGCACAGCUGUGCAUGCCCUUUUGCUUUCAGCGACUUGCCGAACGCCUUGUCCGCAACGCUUCGCGCGCCUUUGCUCCGCUUGAAAGCUCCGCUCUGCUCCGAUUUGCUCCCGAAUGCGGCCCCCGAACCAAAGCGUGGUCCAAAGCGCCAGAGAAGCGUCGAAGGGCAUUCCCUUACGAUCAGAGAGCGAGCGUGAUCAAGCUAAGGGGUUCCAUUGAGCAGGAUCGCGCAACAAAACGCUGCAACUCCGUCUGAGUAUAUAUUAAACGCUUAUUCGGUCCAGACAUGGUAAAGUAUAGUUAGAACCAGGUAUAGGAUUGCAAAGAAAGUCCAGAAAUGUAGGGAACGUUUAAGUGCGACACACUGAGGUCACCGUCCCGGCAGAGGGACGAUCCGAAAUACAGUACAGAAGCACAACGGCAGAUAAGGCGCCGUGUGCUCCUGACGCGUACAAGACCCAGCUCGGUUCGGCCCCAUGCACAGUCAGCGCAUAACAUUCGAUCGCAAGCGAGGGCCGCUUGUGUCGUACUUCAAGUCAUGUAUGCUUCAUGUGAUAGGAAUGUGACACGAGUGCUCGGGCUCUGUGCUCUCUGGCCGAUUGUCGAGCGAGCAGGUUCGACUUAGUGGUUUGACAGCUGCCUCACCCUGCUGGUUAGCGCACGUGCUUGAGUGCUGUGCCGCAGUUGGGGGACGGAGCUCGGGUGUGCAUGAGUAAAGUUGGUGGUUGGCUACAGCAUGCUAGCAUAGCAGAGGUUGCCAUCAACGCAAAAGGAAAGCAUUUGCGUCGCGGACGGGCUCUGCUUUCCUCGGCCAUCAGGCAUGCACUGCAAACAUGCAUGCAUGCCGAGCGAGCAGGCACCUACGGUAUCUGUUUGCUACAGGCGCGAGCACAUAUUUGCUUUUGUUCUCACGGGACCAGGGGUCGUAUCUUGUUUUAACAAUCAGAGAGAUUGUUUUCGUUUUAACCCAACGUACUAUCACGCCGCACUAUCCCUUUCCGGGUCAGUGCACUAUGCCUAUCAGGGUGAAUUUACGAUCCCCGCUGCGUCUUGUGUACUAAUCCGUGGCGCACUGACCCAAAGGGAUGUGCAGUGCAGUGACUGUGCAGUGCAACACUGCCAGCACGCAGCCCACAAGCAAAGAUCCAUCAGCAGUUCGGAAGGGGACACGGCCAGGCCGUUGCUGUGGUGGCACGUACGGGCCCUGGCUGGCGGCAGGCUACACCUCGCGGUCAGGGUCUAGGGCACACGCGCCCCAAACACACGGCCGCCCCCGGGCGCAGCAUAACAAGAUAACAGCUGUUAUCCGUGCGCUUAUAAGCCAUCCAGGUGCAUAUGGCGUACGCGCACACACGAGCGGCUGCACGGACACCACAUGCGGCCGGUACUUGUUGCCAUACUCACGCACGCCGGCCAGUCGCGCCAGAGGCAGGAGCAUGCUGUGCAGGACUUUGAUGUACAACAUAUCCCUAUGCGCAAUAUGAGUUCGGCGCACGACGGGCGAGAAUGAGC